GCGGACUCACAAGAGGUCCUACCACCAGUAAUUACGCAAAUUAUUUAAAUAUUCUCUUUCAUCCUCAACCUCCACGCUUUCAUCCAAGUCCCGCCCGAGGCAAUCACUCAGCGCCAUUCUGCCCACCCACAUCCAGGCCUAUGGACGUAUAUUAUUGGAAUACAAAUGCUGGAACUAUUCAUGAGAAAUCAUUUUUUUAACUAUAAAUUAAUUUAAGAUUAAUUAAACAAUACCGUCCAGUUUGUUAUAGUUUGCUUUAUUGUAAAUCAAAAUUUUAAAGAAUAUGCAAAAUGAGUAUUUAGCUUUUUUUAAAUCCCUAGGGUUAUUACAUAUUGGUGGCACUGACUCACGUGACGUGAUAACAAUGUUAAUAAUUGAGGUCGGGAAUACUUAACAGAUCUUAACCAAAUUAAAAAUAAUCCCGAACCCGAGCGAUAACAACAAGAAUCAACAUAAUCCAGUUUAGUUAUCGCGGAGAUAUCGAGAGAUGUGCUAUGGUGGUUCUGUUCAAGAACACGCCAGCACGUGUUCACACACAAUUGGAAUUUUGGGCACGGAACUUCGCUUUCCACUGCUGUCUUCAGUGUACAUUGCGGUUCCAAGAAACAUGUACUUAAGCCUCCGGUCUAUAGCGAAUAAAAUGAUUCUAUUUAUUUUGAAAUAAAAAUAAAUGACCGUUAUAUCUUCGGGCACGGCUGCACCCCGGUCACGUUGACCCCAUGAUGACCAUCCAUUUUCGAAAACUUAUCUAACGUCAGUAUGAUUUUGCGUUUUAGUAAAUUAGUUUGAAAAUUAUUGUUAUUACAUACAACAGCCUGAAUCGGCUAGCUUCGGCUUUGCAAAGUUUAUCCGCCUGAAUUAUUUUUAAAAGUUGUGCUCAAAUAUACAUAGGUAUGUAACAUUGAUGCCAAAUUGAUUGUGUAGAGACCCGAAGCUAGCUAGAAAGAGACUAAAGCUCAGUGCACUUGUUCCCACGAGCUGCUACGGCUGUGUGCUAACCUGUGCGUGACACGGACGCGCGGCGGCGGCGAGGUUAUAUCCGGAAGCUUUGCAACGUCGUUGAGCUUAGCGGAAUGAGGGGGUGUGCGGGGGCUGGGGUACAGCCGCCGGUAUAUAACCUCGGCCGUGCCCCGUCUGUACCGGUCGCAUUACGCUUGCAGACGCCCGAGACCUACCUGUACCCGGUAUUCGAGGCGCUCGAGUCCGGAGACACGCCCAACUACGAGGACAUCCACCGGUAUCUGCGCGACGGGAUCGACCUUGACUAUGUGGAGGCUUACCGCCGCCACGUGCCCGUGGACAGGCCGCCCACGCCGCCGCCCCCCGCGCCCCCGUCGCCCCCGCCGCCACCCCCGCCCCUCCUCUGGCCUCCCUGUGUGCCUCCCUUCCUUUUUCUGCACAACAUACAGCCCCCGCCCGGCUUCGAACCGCUCUGAACAUUCAUAGAUCUCGUACUUGGUCUUAUUAAUUGACGUUACAUAAUCUACAUUAUAUGACUUCGGCUGAAAUUUAUCGAUUUCGUAAUUAAUAAUUGUAAUUAAGUGUGUGUGUGCGUGUAUGUAAAGUGACGUGUCAGUUGAUAAUUGACUACCUGAAAAGAGUAAUGAAUUGUGCCUAGGGCGUGUAUGGUAGAGGGAGAUGCACAAUGAGACCCGGGGGUAUGGUACUGAGAGUACAUUAUCGCUUUAAAUAUAUAAUUUCGUGUCCCGGCAGCAGGUAUAUGAAAUGUCGUGCUUGACAUUAAAAAUGCCAGUACUUACAUAAUACCGUUUAACUUAGGGGUGUCGAGAAAUUCCUACUACUUUAUUAAACCAUUGCAAUACCAUUGCAAUGCCUUGUCUUUUGCCGAUUUAUACAACAUCCCCUGCGGAUCUACACCUCAUUGCCUUCCAAUCGUGCAAAUUGUAUCUGUAACUUUGUAAAGAAUAUUGCAGAAAAUGUAGCCAGUCUUGAUAUCAGUAGGGCUGUGAGGCUGCUGUCUAAACUAAUAAAAUGUGGAUAAAUAGACAUUAAAGUGCAAGUCGUAGGAUCGACUAACGUAGACCACCUUUGACCGACGAAUAAGCCGUUACCUCAUUUUAUGCAUUUAAGUAAUCAUUUCGAUGUUUUGUUAUAAUUUAACUUUUAUUGACUAGUUCAUAUUUUUGUAGAUUAUAGCUACUACUUGUUUUUGUUUUUUGCUUUAUUUCAUAAGAAUAUUUUUCAUUUUACGAAGUUAUACUAUGUUAAAUAAAAUCGAGCGUUAUCUUUUUCAUUCAAGUAAACUGAUAAACUUGGCUAAAACACAUAAACGUCAAGCGUAUUGUAUCCAACUGUCGGGUUCCAUGUACCGUCAAGUUCACUACAACAUCUACUUGACAUUUCUAUUGCGCUACAGACUGUUAGCUAAUGAUUCAGCAUAAAUUGCAGUAAUGAUGAUUUGAGUAAUAUUAACAAUGUAAGAAAUGUUAGUCCAAAGUCAUUUAUUUCAUCACUUUAAUCCGAUGAUGAUGUCUAAGCAAUUAUAAAUAACAUAUAUAGCACCUCACAAUAGAUGGGAACACGAGUAUUAUUUCGUCUUCUCGCAUUAAAAUUGUAUAAUCUCAAAACUUACUAAUUUUACAGGAGAGUGUUUUAAAGGUUUAACAUGUGAUAUUUUUAAUAUUAGUCAU